AUGAACGGAACAUGCCCCCGGUUGCUGGUGUGGCUUGACACAUGCGGGUCCCCCGCUUCCCAAUCACACGCUCAGAACACCAACAAACCAACAAGGACCAUCGAUAAUUGGUCCCAGGCGGUCCAGCACACUUCUGCUGUUGCAUGCACAUACACCCUAGCUGCUGCAAAGCCAACAAGCAUCCCCCAAGCCCUGGACCACAGCACACCUCAAAAACAGGCCGUGGUUAUCGUGGAAAUGAAAUGCCCACCAUGUGACACGACGGAACCCAGCUUGUGUUUCCCAAACUGCUGUUUUCCAUACGGUACAGAAAUGCGAGAUUCUGCCAUGUCAUGGCUACCUUCCUCGACCGUGGCCCUCAUCGGGACGGCCCUCUUACUUUGCUUUGUUAUCGCCACUCGCAUCCAGUCCUUUGUUAGAACACGGCAUAUUCCUGGGCCAUUCUGGGCUGGAUGGACCGACCUGUGGAUGAUACGCGCCCAGCUCAGCGGUCGAUUUUGCUUCCUCCUUCAGGAUGCAAACACAAGAUAUGGUCCAAUCGCAAAGAUCGCACCCAAUUGGGUCGUCUGCGGUGACGCUGAAGAGCUGAGACGUAUUUGGGGAGUCCGUUCAGCGUGGAAGCGACCAUUUUGGUACCGCGCUUUUCGUUUUGAUCCCUACAAGGACAAUGCUUUCUCAACCACGGAUGACCAGGUUCACGAAAAGCUGAGGGCAAAGCUCAUGCCAGGCUACGGCGGCAAAGAUGUCGACAACCUCCAUGAGCUCAUCGACAGACAAGUCGCUGGUCUUGUGUCACUACUAGAGACCAAGUAUCUGUCAAGCAAGACCGAAUUCAAGCCCGUCGACCUGGCGCGAAAAGUACAGUAUUUCACCUUGGACGUCAUCUCUGCAUUGGCGUUUGGCAAGGAACUGGGCUACCUCGCCGCCGAUCAGGAUCUGUUCAGCUACAUUCAGACCACUGAGAGCACGCUUCCCAUCAUGCUCACGAUAGGAUUUAUGCCCUGGCUCCUGAAGCUGAUUCAGUCACCUCGCCUCAAGUUUCUGAUGCCCGACAUCGACAGGGUAGUUGGCAUCGGAACUGUUGUCAAGACGGCCCAGCAAGCGGUUGCCGAACGCUACGGGGACAAACCCUUGAUCAAGCGCGAUAUGCUCGGCUCCUUCGUUGCCAAUGGCCUCACCAGGGAAGAAGCGGAAGGCGAGACCGUAGUACAGAUCAUUGCCGGCUCCGACACGUCAGCUACAGCCAUUCGCUCCACGUUGCUCUUCAUCAUCACCAACCCGCUCGUAUACCGCCGUCUACAGGCCGAAAUUGACACUGGCAUCCGCGAAGGUCGCAUCUCCUCACCCAUCACAGACGCCGAGGCCAGGAAUCUGCCAUACCUUCAGGCCGUCAUUCGGGAGGGCCUCCGAAUGUGGCCCCCAGCGACCGCUGCCCUCCCCAAGGUCUCUGAUAGGGACCAGGUUGUCUGUGGAGUUCACAUCCCCGCCGGAACCAUCAUUGCGUGGGCCCCUUUCAGCUUCUUGAGAAGUAAAAAGAUCUUUGGGGAGGAUGCGGAUGUCUUUAGGCCUGAGCGAUGGCUGGAUAUUGAGCCAGAAAAGUAUCGGACCAUGGACCAGACUGUCAUGAUGGAGUUUGCAUCAGGCAGUCGAUGGGAGUGUUUAGGGAAGACAGUGGCACAGAUUGAGCUCAAUAAAGCUUAUGUUGAGCUUCUUCGCCGGUUCGAUGUUACUCUGGUUGAUCCUACAAAUCCUUGGACCUCCUUCAAUGCGGCCGUGUUCAUUCAGAGUGACAUGAAUGUUGUAGUCACCAGGAGGGAGUUGUGAGACUUGGGCACAGUGGUAAACGCACGAUCAAGCACAGCUCGCGAAGUCUGUGGAAGAGGUCGUGUUGGAUACUUACGAUUGGAAAGUCAGCGAAUGAAACGCUUGAACUUACCU